AUGGGGAGUACGAUAGCGGGAAAAAACCGAGCUAAAAUGGCUGAGAGCUUGUGGAGAGACACACACUGUAAGUUUUGCAAAAUGCAGUUUCGUUUUGCAUUCUGUCUUGAAAAAAGGAAAUGAUCUCGCGCCAUUUUUGAAAACCUCAUGAUAAUUAUUCGAGUCAAGAAUAUUCGAAGUUUACUUUUCCACAGGUGAACGUAUUUCACACAAAAGUUCUAAAAGGUUCCUGCUAGCGUCGCUUCAAUCGGGGAUGUCAGUGACAUUGAAACUGAUUGUUAAGAAUCUUCGAUCGAUGUGAUGGCGGCGUUUGGCAUGGCGCUGCUCGAGAAGUUCUCGAACGUUUACGAGGAAUGCUGAAAAUGUUGAAUAGCACUGUACGUGUCAUUCUUACUGUGGUACACGAUGUAUAGUCUUGAACAAAGUUUGAUUUCUUUACCUUCAGCAUCGCUGAAGGCGUUUGUUGAUAGGUACAGUGUACUUCAGUGCAUUACAUGUAGCCCGUGGGGGGGGGGGGGGAAGGGAGAGCCGGGGUACUCGAUUAAUAUUUUGGUAUCUAAAGGUGAGCCGCUGAGGGUUUGAGACCCUGACCCUGUUUAGGACAAGAAAAUUCCUAAAAUAAAUACCCUGUUUAGGCAAAACAGUUGAUUUUAUUGCUCUCUUUAGGACACUGUUUAGGACAGACUUGCAAGAAAUUGUAUACCCUGUUUAGGACAGUCGCAUGCAAAAUUAUAUACCCUGUUUAGGACAGAGAGGGCAAAAACCAUACCCUGUCCAGUGGCACAUCCCCGUAUAGGCCACGUAAGGGAGUAGCGCUUCCCCUGCCACCGCCUGAACAUCACAUGUAGUUUAUAUAGGACGAUAAUUGGAUAAGUAUUAGGGAAACCAACCAGUGGAUAGCUUUAUCAACCUUUUAAACAACUUGUGUCUGGUCUUAAUCAAGUGGUGGUAAGGAUUUUGCACCGAUCAUGUUGAGAAAGCUGCUCUUACAACUUCAGGAUCGCUUUUCCCUAUAAAUUUUGCAAGGAUUUAGCUGAGAUUUGUUUUGAUACAAUAAUUAGUCGUUUUGAUACAAGUUUAUUCAAUACCAAAUAUCACUAAUGACUUGUGGUAAAACCUUGAUGUAGCAUGUAACCUUUGAGUGUAUGGAUGAAAUCCCAAACUGGAAUUCCUGCGCAUAGCAAUGUAGCAGUACAGUUACAUAGUUAUGUACAGUCUGUUAAAAAGCUGAAUUUUUAUUUUUGCGAUUUCAGUCACAAGAGACGAGGUAAUUGGUUUGUUAGGAGUGUUUGAAGCAGAAGCUAAGGGUGAAAAGAUGGACAGGUCAAAGUUUAGAGACUUUUUACACAAAGAGUUUGGAUUAACAGAGGACAUUAUGCUGGAUAGAGGUUGGUGCUGACCUUCCUUCCAAGAAGUUAAAGAGACUUAUUGUGCCACAAAUAAAAUUACAUGUACUAUAUAUUGAACACCAAUGAAAUACCAUAUGACCUUUUGUGCAAUAAUAUGAGGCUGUGAAAAAACACACAAACAAACAAAACAUGUUCUCUUCUCACAUGGAAAGAACCAUUGGCUGUAAUAAGGAGGUGACCGUAUUAACGAGGGUUUUUGAAAAAGGAUUCCUGGAUUUCUAGCCAUAUAACAGUUUCUUCUCUGAGUAAAAUAAUUACUGAAUUUUUGGUUUUAUUCAAGAUGGAGGUGAUUAAGAAAGUGAAUGUAAUCAUUGUUAGUUUUUUGUUUCAGUGUUUAGAGUUUUUAAUGAGGAAAAUGAUGGAAAUCUGAGUAUGAGAGAAUGGAUUAUGGGACUUUCAAAAAUAAAGGGAACACCUAAAGAACAAAUAGAUUGUAAGUAAAGCAAAAGUUCUCCACAUAGUGUAAAGUAAAUAUCAUUGUUUAAAUUGUAUUAUUUUAACAGGAACUGUUUGAAAAGAUGAGUCUAUGAAUUUUAUGGAAGCUCAGAAUGAAGAAAUAUGUAACGAAAAUCUCCGUACAUGUAUGCCACUUAUGCAGUUGCAAAAAGAAAGCCUGAAAAACAGACUUGCCGGGGUUAAUGAGCCCUGACCUCUGUGAUACCAGUGCAGAGCUCUAACCAACUGAAAUAGCAAGCCAACUGGGAGCUAGUACUCUGCAGUACAUUGUACAUGUAUGUCCUGGAAGAUGAAGAUGAAAUAAUGAAUAAUAAUUAUAUGAAUUUCAUAGAACUGGGAACCGCAGAAUAAAGAAAAAAAAUGGAUCUUUCACUCAUAGUAACCAAGUCAUAUGGCUGGAUGAUUUGUCACCUUAACUUUUAUAUCUGUGAAUGAAAUUCUGUGGCAGCAUCAUGAAAUCUCUUUAGCGUAACUCAAGUUGCAUAAAUGUUCGUGAGCAAUGUUUUACAAUAUCACGGUAUUAGUAGUGAAAGACUGUGUCCAUGUUUCCCCUUUGUCUUUCAGUUUGUUUCAAAGUGUAUGAUAUCAAUGGUGCUGGGUAUUUAACAAGAGAGGGAAUUCAACACUUGCUGAAAGACUGUAUGGUGAAGGUCAGUACUUGGACGUGACCACUAUGUGUUGGUUUUGACCUUUAAAAGUUAUCUUUUCUUUGUUGUUGUUCUUUUUUUAAAAAAAAUUCAGUUGGUGUCUUUUUGAUCGAUCACUCAGCCUGACUAAGCAGUUAGAGCACUGGCCCUGUAAUUCGGAGGCCCCAAGUUCAUGUCCCAUCCUGACCGGAAACUGGAUUUGUUCUUUGUAGUCCCGAGUUGAAAUCCUCGGCCACACUUGUAAAAUAGACAACUUGUUCGCCUCCUACCAGUUGGGAUUUUAAUCAUGACAUGUUCCAUUUAAAAUUAUUUAUUAUUAUUAUUUUAUUAUUAUUAUUAUUAUUAUUAUUAUAACCAAAAAUCCAAAUCUUUUAUUAAUAACAAAGUUAACUAUAAAAUCCUAUUUACAAUUAAUUUCAGUUAAAAAACUAUUCAGUCAAAGCACUAUUUACAUUAUUCCUUUCGAUUAAAAAAAAGACACUUAAUUUCAAUUGAAAAAAUUCAUUCCAUUAAAAAUAUAUCAUAUAAUUAUUUGGAAAAAAAAAUUCAAUUAAAAAACGGUUCAUUUUGAAACUAAACUAAAUUAACGAGCUCACACCAUUAUCACACACGCUUGGGUAGCGUUUAAGCGGCAGUUGUUAAUGAAAUCCCCUUGCUGAAUUUUGUGGGUGUCCUAGAACCUCUCACGCAUGUAUUAUUAUUAUUAUUAUUAUUUUAUUUUUUAUUAUUAUUAUUAUAUCAUUGUGGGAUAUGCAUGUGCUCUAAUUUUGAAUUGUGUGAUUGGGUGUAGUACAUGCAUGGUCAGGUUUGGGGUGGUUCCCACUCUAUUGUGCUAUAAAUUUUCAAAUUGACCAUCCUCAAGAGUGAUAAAGUGUUUUUUUUUUCUUUUGUUCUGUUGUGAACUUCUAACUCAGUUUAUCAUUUUGUGCUUUAUUUUCUGUGGCUCAUUUGGGACCAGUUACAUUUUGUAUGCAUUGGUAGAAAUUAGAAAAGGACUGUCUGCUGAUGAUGUUCUGUUUGUCCACUAGAUGCUUGUAAUCAAGGUCAAUUAGAAAAAAAAUGCAAAGAUACAAAAUAUUUAUUUCUACCUGGGUAGUCAUAAAUAAAUGAACUUAUAUGUAUAUAAUUAUGUUGUACAUAGUUAAUUUUUUUAUCUCAGGUAUAUUUUUGUUUUUUCCUUUUGUUUUUGGGUAUGGAAAUGUAUGCUAAUGAAGUUGACACGAAAGAAAAAUAAAAAUUACCCCAAAUAAAAAAAAUUAACUACAACAUAUACAUUUUCAUAAUUUUUUUCCCAUCAGUCAGCAACAGAAGAAGAUGCUGAUGAAAAUGAGAAAGAAAUUGUUGAUAUUGUAAUGAAGAAAAUGGUAAGUUAAUUGAUCUUUCAGUAAUUAUACUACUACGUAAGAAAUUUCUGCAAUUUGAUUGGCUCAGAGUAGUGGUAUUUCAGCUUAAUGUGAAAAUUGCAAACCUUUUGUGGGUAGUAGUAUAAACAAAUAAUAGCAAGAUUUGUAUGUAAUGUUGGCAUAAAUAUCACUUGUGACAUUUCAAAAUUAUCUCAAAUUUCACUUGCCUAAUGGCUCGUGAAAUUAGGUAUAACAAUUUGGAAGUAUCACUUGUGGUAUUUAUUCCAAAAUAUCAAUACAAAUCAUGCUAUUACCUAUACAAACAAUACUCGGUGGAAGAGAUGUGGCGAUUGUUUCAGUUAAUUGUCAGUUUACUUCUUUUGAUCAGCAUGCUGGUUUCUAACCCUACGAGAGCAGAGGCCUUUCUAGGCUUUUGUUUCACCAGUAAAACAAGAGGUAAAAAAGGGGCCUGCUCUCGCACGCCAGCUGGUUUCUUGAUAUGAAUUAAUUUUUGAAGUUUUCAGAAAUGGCACUUGAAAAUGUGUUUGUGUUUAUGUUAAUAAAAUUAAUUUGAUUUUAUCAUGCUAAUUAUGCUUUUUUCUAAAAAUCUUGUAGGAUGAAGACCAUGAUGGAAAAAUCUCACCACUGGAUUAUGAGACUGCUGUUUUAAAAGAAGGCUGCCUUUUGAUGGAAGCAUUUGGAAAGUGUCUGCCAGACCGUAAGGUAUGAUACAUGUAUAUGCACACUGUGCGUUCGGGGAAGGAACUGGAUGAUCUUGGCCCCUGAUGCUUUGCUACCUCAGUUUAAUUUGCAGCAGUUCAAACAUUCUAUUUUUAAAAUUACAACAAAUAAAAUAUAGUAAAAUCUCUCCUAAAAUUCAAGAUUUGCUGGUCACCUUUUUUAUAUUAAAGUAAAAUAGAGCUGCAAUAAAAGCUAAAAUGCUCGCUUUUUUUCAUGGGUGACGCUUAAGUGGAAUCAUUUUACAUAAAUGAAAAAGACAGUCAAACUAAAAUGAACAACAAUAAUAAAAUACUAUUAAUAGUAUCAUUAUUAAUAUUGAUAAUGAUAGAGAAAAUAAAUCAAAAAUUACAAAAGCAGUCCCUAAACCUAUUAGACUAAAAAAGGCCUGUCAUUUCUUGCAGAUAGUAGACGAGUUCAUUCAAAAAAGUAUGCAAAGAAUGGAUCAACAAAGCUUCAAUCAUUAUCAACUUGUAUCACCAUCACAGUGACUAUCAAGUUAAUAUUAGGUACACUGUAUACAGUGUAUAUGAAGCAGUGAAGGGAUGGAGCAUGGACAUUUUGUAACAUAGUUUGAACAUAAUUGUAAAAUAACAUACUGACAAAAAUAAUGUUCAAGAAAGGUGCAAGACCUUCUUGCAGUUUGUAAAAAGGC